AUGGCCUCCUCCGAUGGCGCCUCUUCGAUCACAGUCGCGGUCCGCGUGAGGCCCUUUACUAUUCGGGAGGCGGCCCAGAUCUCUAGAACCGACGAUGGUCCAUUGUUCCUCGGUGAUGGGUCGCUGGCUGGCGUCCCAACUCCCAAGCUGAACCAGAAGGGAAUUCGGUCCAUUGUCAAAGUUAUUGACGACCGGUGCCUUGUGUUCGAUCCUCCCGAAGACAAUCCCGUUCAGAAGUUCUCCCGGAGCGUCGUGCCCAAUGGCAAGCGCGUCAAGGACCAAACAUUCGCCUUCGAUCGUAUCUUUGACCAGAAUGCCUCUCAGGGAGAGGUGUACGAAUCCACCACUCGUGGUCUUCUCGACAGUGUCCUCGAUGGCUACAACGCAACAGUUUUCGCCUACGGUGCCACGGGCUGCGGAAAGACACACACCAUCACGGGAACAGCGCAACAACCAGGCAUCAUUUUCCUGACAAUGCAGGAGCUCUUCGAGAGAAUUGAUGAGAGAUCGGGGGAGAAAUCAACGGAGAUCUCACUCUCCUAUCUCGAAAUCUAUAACGAAACCAUUCGCGACUUGCUUGUCCCAGGCACCCCCAAGGGCGGUCUCAUGCUCCGAGAGGAUGUCAAUCAGUCUGUUUCGGUGGCAGGUCUGUCAAGCCACCAUCCCCAGAAUGUGGAACAGGUUAUGGAUAUGAUCGUUCGCGGUAAUGAAUGUCGCACCAUGUCACCAACCGAAGCCAACGCUACAUCGUCCCGAUCGCACGCCGUCCUCCAGAUCAACAUCGCCCAGAAAGAUCGAAAUGCCGGACAAAAUGAGCCUCACACUAUGGCGACUCUGAGUAUUAUUGAUUUGGCUGGGAGCGAGCGGGCCAGUGCUACCAAAAACCGCGGCGAGCGACUGUUCGAAGGCGCCAAUAUUAACAAGUCUUUGCUGGCCCUUGGAAGCUGCAUCAAUGCCCUCUGCGACCCCCGAAAGCGCAACCAUAUUCCCUACAGAAACUCCAAGCUCACUCGACUUCUGAAAUUCGCCCUGGGCGGAAACUGCAAGACUGUCAUGAUCGUCUGUGUCAGCCCCUCGAGCCAGCACUUUGAUGAGACGCAGAAUACCCUGCGAUAUGCCAACCGAGCCAAGAACAUCCAGACCAAGGUUACUCGGAACGUAUUCAAUGUCAACCGCCAUGUCAAGGACUUCCUGGUCAAGAUCGAUGAGCAGAUGAACUUGAUCAACGAGCUCAAGGCACAAGCAAAGGAUUCCGAGAAUGUCGCCUUUGCUAAAUUCAAGAAGCAGACUGAAAAGAAAGACCUUGUUGUCCGCGAAGGUGUUAGUCGAAUUCGGAGUGCUUACGAACACAGUCUUCCUGAGCGACAGGAGAAAGCGAACAACAUGCUCAAGCUGAGACAAAUUAGCCGCCGCAUCGGUAUCCUUUCAUCAUGGAUUGCUGCAUUUGACAGUGUCUGUGAGUCACAUGAGAAUCAGGAGGGCUUAUCCAGCCUUCAUGCCGUCCGAAAAACCGCCCAGGGUAUCCUUCUCGAGCUUGAGGGUAGUCGACACCAUUACAACCAACGACUGUCCAAAAAUACAUGGGAUCGGGCCAUGUUCUCUGCGGUCGAGAACGCCACCAAACAGCUGCAGGAGUUUCAGAUCAGUGAUGCCAGCGAUUACGCAAAUCUGGACAGAGAAGCCGAGCUUCUGCGGUCCAACGCCGAACGCGAGGCAUUGUCUGCGGUGGUUGAUCAGGACAAGGCCGGUGAGGCUGCUGCAAUUCAAUUGCUGCUCCAGGCUCAGUUCGAAAUGAUGACCUCCAUUGAGGAAAUCAUGCAGCUCAAUGCUACCGAGGCUAUUCAGAAGGGACGUCUCAUUCUAACGAAGAUGCUGGAAGGCUGCACCGAGGCAGUUACGAACCUUGUCAAGCCCGACGGCAAUCUGCCCACAGUCACUAGUUUCAAUCUGCAGAGUCCUACCAAAUCUGCCAGCCCAUCAAAGCCGAGAAAAAGAUUUAGCUUGGUUGGCAUGCCGGCACCACGACUUUCGCUUACUCCUUCUGUUCAGCUCGGUCCGGUGGCCCCUACUUCCCCCAUGAAGAGCUCCCCUCGCCGUCGCAAGGUUGCUGCUGGCCGUAAGACUGUCAGCUUUACACCCAAGAAGACGCAGGCCAAGGCCUCCAAGCGAUCUGUCCGCUGGAAGGACGACGAGGAAGAUGGUCCCCUCAUUGAGUUCCAGAAGACACCACAGAAAGCUCCUGUCGAACCCUCAGACGAUACCAGCUCUGAGACAGAACCCUCCGAACCGCCUCUCCCCCGGGGUAUAUCUCCUAUUCCCCGAAACAUUCCUCGAAAGUUCAGCCCGUCUUAUUCGAUUUCCCCUGCUCCAGGGCUGGCUGAACCAACCCUGAACGUUCAGAAGAACGGCAGCCGAUUCAAAGCCGGGUUCCUAUCCAAGAAAUCUGGCAGCUCUCCCUUGGGCCCACCUCCGUCUACCACCCUUCCUAUCUCCGACAAUGAGAAAUCUCCUCUCCGCGAUAUUGAGGGAAGUAGUUUCUUGAAUCGUGCUUCAUCAGAGAAGCCGUCCCGGAUUGCCGUCCGUUCUCCGAGUGGGAACUUCUCGAGCAGCCCAGUUUCCGAUAACAAGGACAACUGGAAGACGGACAAAGACGAGGCUCUGAAGAUCAAUUCCGUUAUGCGCCGCAUCUCCAGCAGUCACGCUGUUACCACCGGUAGCAACUCGUUAAGGGUCCACCGCCGCCGCAGCCCAACCUCAGCAACAUACGGCAGCUCUCCCAGCGAUGGUACCAUGUUCACCGCAUCGCAAGCGCGGCGCAUGGUCAAGAGCGAGCGCGAAGGUGAAUCCAAGCCUAGUGUCCUCAGCCCUCAUACUCUUCCGGUUAUGAAGAACACUGGGCGACGAACAACUUUGGGGGGUGACAUCCGACCUCGGCAUGCUAGCCUGUCUAGCAGGGACGCACUGCGCCUCAGCGCGAUCGCAGCACCCACCAUCGAACACACACCUGAUUUUACAUCCAGUGGACUCCGGUGA